AUGUACUGGCAGCUUGUGGGUACGGAUCGGGACAGAUUUUUGAUGGGGGCCACUGUGACGAAGGGCGCGCCGCGUCCUAUGCCUUCUUUAUGGGGGCUCCUGGACAAACCCAUCUGGGAAAAUCAGUGGCCCCUCCAGGAAGAAAAAGUAGUCGCCCUUCGAGAUUUGGUUCAAGAGCAAGUUACAGCCUAUGCCAAUCUGCCAGGUUCCAUAGCAGAAGGUAAUGCCAGGGCUGACAAGUUGGCUAACUCUGCAUGGGUAUCAGCUCAGCCUGAUGCACUCAUGCAAGCUGAGGCAUUGCAUGAAUUUUUUCAUCAAAACGCACAUACAUUGCAAAAGUUGUUUCAGUUGACCCCAACUGAGGCUAGUGAAAUUGUCAAUUCCUGUGAUGACUGUCACGUGCUUGCUCCGCCUUUACCGGCAGGCAUAAACCCUAAAGGUCUCAAGGCCUUGGAGAUUUGGCAAAUGGAUGUCACCCAAAUUGCUGAAUUUGGCAGGGUCAAGUAUGUGCAUGUGUCUAUUGACACUUUCUCCUCUGCAAUGUGGGCUUCUGCUCACCCUGGAGAAAAAACUCGCAAUGUCAUUGCCCAUUGGAGGAAGGCCUUUGUCGUGCUAGGGGUACCCUCCACUGUGAAAACCAAUAAUGGCCCUGCUUACGCCUCACAGAAAGUGCGGCAGUUCAUGCAGUUGUGGGGUGUCUCACACAAAUUUGGCAUUCUGCAUUCUCCAACUAGCCAAGCCAUUGUUGAACGUGCCCAUAGUGCUUUGAAGUGGGUUCUUGAAAAACAAAAAUGGGGAAUACAGGGUGAAACCCCGCAAAGUCGAUUGGCAAAGGCUUUGUAUACGGUCAAUCACCUUAUGGUGCUGCAGAAUUCAAAUAACCCGGUCAUCUUGAAACAUCUCCUUUCUUUACAGGCUUUAGGUGAGACACAUCAGCCCCAAGUGAAGGUUUGGGUGCAAAAUUUAACCACCAAGCAGUGGGAAGGCCCAUUUGAACUUCUUGCUUCGAGUCAUUGGUCUCUAGCAUCUGAUAUUGGGGUGCUCAGUGGAGCAUUGUUGCAAAGUUCACAGUACUCAGUGGAAUCAGUUGUUGCCAAACUAGAGUCCCGGGUAGACUUCUUCAGCCAUGGACUCAUAGUUGGGGUGAUCCUGAGGUACGGGACUCCCUCCACGAGUGGCCACGACAAACCAUUCAGCUGCUCGCAGGAGAACAGGCCCUUCACCACCCUGCUGGUCAACGUCAGCGGCAAGUUCUUCGAGUAUACGCUCAAAGGGGAAAUAAGCCCUGGGAAGAUCCACAAUGUGGAGCAAAAUGACAUGUUGAGAAAGGUAACAUUUGACCCAGAAGUUUUUUUCAACAUUCUAUUGCCUCCUAUUAUUUUCCAUGCUGGUUAUAGCCUGAAGAAAAGACACUUUUUCAGGAAUUUGGGGUCCAUUUUGGCUUAUGCUUUUUUAGGAACAGCAGUGUCUUGUUUUAUUAUUGGGAAUCUCAUGUAUGGGGUUGUGAAACUAAUGAAGUUGGUGGGUCAGCUGUCUGAUAAAUUCUAUUAUACAGACUGCCUCCUCUUUGGAGCGAUAAUAUCUGCCACUGAUCCAGUUACCGUGCUAGCAAUAUUUAAUGAGCUGCAUGCUGAUGUCGAUCUCUAUGCCCUUCUGUUUGGAGAGAGCGUGUUGAAUGAUGCUGUUGCCAUUGUAUUGUCCUCAUCUAUAGUUGCCUACCAGCCAACAGGUGAAAAUACCCAUGCUUUUGAUGCUGCAGCAUUUUUCAAGUCUGUUGGUGUUUUUCUGGGAAUAUUCAGCGGUUCUUUUAUGAUGGGAGCAGUGACAGGGGUUGUGACAGCUCUGGUGACAAAGUUUACCAAGUUGCACUGCUUCCCCCUGCUGGAAACGGCUCUCUUCUUCCUGAUGUCCUGGAGCACUUUCUUGCUUGCAGAAGCUUGUGGAUUUACUGGUGUGGUGGCUGUCCUGUUCUGUGGAAUUACCCAGGCACAUUAUACAUACAAUAACUUGUCAGUCGAAUCAAGAAGUCGCACAAAGCAGCUCUUUGAGGUGUUGCACUUCCUGGCUGAGAACUUCAUAUUCUCUUAUAUGGGCUUGGCACUGUUUACUUUCCAGAAGCACAUAUUCAGUCCAGUUUUCAUUAUUGGAGCUUUUGUUGCAAUCUUUUUGGGCAGAGCUGCACAUAUUUACCCCCUCUCCUUCUUGUUGAAUUUGGGCAGGAGGCAUAAGAUCAGUUGGAGCUUUCAGCACAUGAUGAUGUUUUCAGGUCUCAGGGGAGCCAUGGCAUUUGCUCUAGCUAUACGAGAUACUGCUACCUACUCCCACCAAAUGAUGUUCUCAACAACUCUGCUCAUCGUGUUUUUCACUGUGUGGAUUGUGGGUGGAGGUACAACCCCCAUGCUCUCAUGGCUGAACAUCAGAGUUGGUGACCGUGUUCCAUCGGUGGAAGAGAUGAGUGAAAGCCACUGGCUGUAUUUCAGGGUUGGGGUUGACCCAGAUCAGGAUCCUCCACCUACUAAUGACAGCUUUCAAGUCUUACAAGGAGAUGGCCAAGAUUCUGCACGAAGGAACAGGACGAAACAGGAAAGUGCCUGGCUCUUCAGGCUGUGGUAUAGCUUUGAUCAUAAUUAUUUAAAGCCAAUUCUCACUCACAGUGGCCCUCCGUUGACCACAACACUGCCCAGCUGGUGUGGCCUGAUAGCCCGCUGUCUGACAAGUCCCCAGGUUUAUGAUAAUCAGGAGCAGCUCCGAGAAGAGGAUUCUGAUUUUAUUCUGAAUGAUGGUGACCUUACCGUGACAUAUGGUGAUACAACAAUAACUGCAAAUGGUUCUUCUGGCCCCCAUACAGCUACCACUAACCUUGACAGCAGGAGAACAAAAAGUAGUUCGGAGGAAGCACUGGAACGUGAUUUGGGAGCAGCAGAUCAUGAAGUUACAAGCAGGGGUACCCGGCUAGUAUUUCCUCUGGAAUACAAUGCAUGAUUACUGACUCAGUAAAAAUAACUCUUGCUCUGUGAAUGGAUCAAGGAAGACUGCAGGCCACUGUGUCACUUGAGGUGGGGGUGUUCAUUUAAACAAAUUAACACGCAUAAGUGGUUUUACUAGGGUCUGAAGAUGUCACCUGUUUUUUACUCAAGAUGCUGACAGUGGGGUUUUCUAUAUGUCUGAAAACAGACAAAUGAGAAAACUGGUUAUUCUCCUCUUUCCAACUGCUUAUCAAAUCCAAGUAUAACUAGCAUGCUGCAAUUGUCUUGUUCAGCUGCAGCAGCUCUCUCUCUGAAGAGAGGUACAUGAAAAUGUUGUCAUAGAACUGAGCUUGUCUUGGCUUAGCUUGAGAAUGUGAAAGGACAACUAUAAACUUGAUAAUUAUUAAGAGACAAAAAAGAUUGUGUAUGUAUCUGAAUGUGGAGAGAUCCCUUGUUAACUUCUCUCAUGAGGCUGAGAAAACUCAAGUGAAAUGGGACAGUAAACUUCAGGGUUACAGAUGUGUGAAUGAAAGACUGGGGAAUCUGUUACUGCAAAAUGUACUUAAUCUAUUUCAGGGAAAAAAAGGGAAAAUAAAAUUUCUUUGCUGGCUAUCUAAGUAGGAAGGCAAUGAGAGCUACUUGUCCCUUUAGCUUUGGGCAACUUGACUAUUACUCUUAGCCUAACUUCUAGUGCCUCAAAAGAAAAACAUCCAGCUUCCUGUGGUGUAAGACGUACCUGAAGCCGACAUGAGCCUGGAGCCAGGCUCCCUCGGGUAGCAGUCACAAAGUAAAAUUUUCUUGCAUAUGAAGAUGGUUGGAAACUUGGGCUGGGGAAAACAGCAGAUAGGAGGAGGAGAGGAAAAAAGAGAGUGGGGCAGUGUUGAACUUGCAUAGAACCAGAAGGUUUCAUAUUGCUCAGAAGAAUCCAUGGACUCUGCUUACAGUUCUUGUGUGUGAUAAACAGCAAACAUCUAAUUAAACCGAUGAACAAAUACUACUGUUUUUACCAUUUGUGACUAUCCUAAAAGAAAGCUGUUUACCCUUGUUCUCUUUCUCAGAGUAGAUGUGAAACUUCAAUGGGGCAUUGCACAACAGCAUAUAAGCUACAGGAGUGAUGAACUGUAGUAUCACCUUAAAUGUGAAAAGGGAAAACUCUCUGACUAGUAUUUAGCCCAUUUACAUGUAGGCUAGCUUUAACUUAUUGCUAAAUGCUUUUUAAUUUCCAGAUGAGGAGAUAAUCAUUGUCUUUGCCAAUAGCUGAAAAUGUAUGCUUUGAAGAGCCUUUCAGCUAUUUGAAGCAUGCUAAAAUGUGAUUUCAUUCUCAUGUCUCAAAAGAUUUAUUUUUUUAAAGAGUUUGUGGCCCACUAACGUGAUGUAAUAUCAGUUUGUCCAAAAAGUGUGUUUUUCUUGCUGCCAUUUCAGUUGUUCCUCUCAUAAAAUUGUGUGUGAGUAAAUACCCACUGUUUUUCCUUAACUAUUAAACUUAUUGGGCUAACCUCAGUACGUGAACUUCCUGCUGCAGAGAAA